AUGUCGAGGCGCAGCGAUCGCAGUUCUCACGCCAAUGGACCCUAUAAGACUGUCAGAGACCGCCUCGAAGAACGCGACGCGGUUCAUAUCUUCAAUAGAUUCGGUGGAGGUCAUCAAUACACGACGGAAGACUUAGUGGGGCUCUUCGGUGGCGUUGACGAAGACAUCUGGGAUGCGGUCUGGCCCGACAAUGGGGAGCGAUGGCGUCAUAGUACGCGUUAUGUCCAAGAAGCGGCCGCUAGAGUACGCGCGAAGGAGAGUGAUGAGCAGCAUUCUGGCACUCCGCCGUCCAGCAGCCUGUCCGCGAGGAUAUUUGACAUCGAACCACGCUCAAAGAUCCUAAGCCGAGUUAGUGUAGUCGGAGCGGCGCGCGCCGCUGCACACGAAUGGCGGCUCAGUGCAGAUGAAGCCGUCAACUGCAUCCUUGCGUUCGACGAAGUAUGGCGCCCGAACACCCGUAUCGCGACCCUCACAGACAGCGCCGCGUCCCGAGACGUGCUCGCGUACGACAACUUCAUGAGAUAUUUCUACAAGAUCUUCCUAUGGCCGGAGCUUCAUCGUCGACUGGGUUGGGGCGAUUUGGGCAGGAAGGAGUAUAGGGAGUGGCGACGAGGACUGGAGGGCGUUGAUCUUGAAUUGCGCGAGGGUAUAGAAAGGCGAGCAAUAGGUUCGGGGGCGCAGUGGGAUUGA